AUGGCGACACUCAGGCCAGCGCCACUAAAGCGGACGCCAGAUACUCUCUUUGCAUACAACUCAUGCUUCUGUCUCGACAAUGUUGAAAACCGAGACGGAUGGGCGCUUCGGCCGGGCGACCUUUGUUUUUUCUUCGGCAACAUGAUUGUGCAGAUCGAAAACGACGGGGAGGAAUACGAGUACUCUGAACCCCUCGUCGAUGAAGAGCACACCCGCGGUUUCGUGGGAGACAUAUUCCACGAUGAUCCCGCUGCGAAGUUCUACGUUGACCGGUUCAUGGACAAGUGGAAAAUGUGGGAAAAGCGUCGCUCCAAGGCAGAAGCUUCACACCAGUCGACCAAGAAAGAUGACGACGCGUCUACCCCCUCCAAGACAGAUGACGCAUCUACACUCUGCGAAGGCAAGAACGAUGCUUCCAAUGACACAGACCAGCAAAAGCCGAGGCCAUUCUUCAGGCACCGCUCCUUUUUCUGUCCCGACCAUGUCGAUGAACGACACAGAUGGGAGCUCUACCCGGGCGAUCUUGGAUUUUUCCUGGAUGGAAUCGUCGCGAUCAAGGCUGACGGCGAGGAAAUUGUUGCUACGACCGACAAGGAACGUUAUGACCUUCUCGAUAAGAAAUGCUAUGGCGAAGAGGUCGUCAUUUUCCUCGUGUGCAGGACGUGGAAGCGACGCUGUGACGAUUUCAACGCUUCGCAAUAG